AUGGUCCGCGUCAAGGCCUACGAGCUGCGGACGAAGAACAAGGGCGAGCUGCUCAAGCAGCUCGAGGAGCUAAAAAACGAGCUCGCGCAGCUCCGCGUCGCCAAGGUCACGGGCGGCGCCGCGUCCAAGCUCGCGAAGAUCGGCUCCGUGCGCAAGUCCAUCGCGCGCGUGCUCACGGUCUACAACCAGACGCAGAAGGGCAAGCUCCGCGAGGUCUACGCCGGCAAGAAGUUCGUGCCCAAGGACCUCCGCGCGAAGAAGACGCGCGCGCUCCGACGGGCGCUCACGGCCGACGAGAAGUCCAAGAAGACGCUCAAGCAGGCCAAGAAGGACGCCAACUUCCCCGCGCGCAAGUUCGCCGUCGUCGCGUAG